UUAUUGUUAUUAGUGCUGUGUUAAUCAUGGACAAGCGUGGCAGCAUCGAAUUGCUGAAUUUGGAGAAUCAAAACUACCACAAGAACCGUUCACUUGACUCGUUUUCGUCGCCGGAAGGCAAAUCUGCCACGAUCAACACCACAAAACUUGAUAAUCCUGGUUGGGGUAACGCUUCGCCGAGCAAGUCUUAUUGUUCAUCUAGCUCUACAUCUACUGAGAAUGUUGUUUCCACACUUGAAAGGCACAAGAUCAAUACAACCACUGAUGCUACACUUUCAAAUAGAGAUGAAAUGCCCUUAUUACCGGGUGAAAAACGGUAUGGCCAAGCGAAAGACGUGACCUAUCUUUGUCCCUACAAUGGUCCGGCACGCGGCACGUUGAUUAUCACCAACUACAAAUUGUUCUUCAAGUCCUUGGACAAGGAUAUGCCAAUUUUCAUCGACGUGCCGCUGGGAGUCGUGUCACGCAUUGAGAAAGUCGGCGGUGCAUCAUCGAAAGGCGAGAAUGCUUAUGGCAUUGAGUUGUUUUGCAAAGACAUGAGAAAUUUACGAUUUGCGCACAAGCAGGAAAAUCAUUCCAGGCGCGAUGUGUUUGAAAAACUGCAGCAGUAUGCAUUCCCGUUGUCUCAUAAACUAAAAUUGUUUCCGUUUGAAUAUUCAGAAGUGUUCCCGGAGAAUGGCUGGAAUGUCUAUGAACCCAUUGCGGAAUUAAAGCGAAUGGGUAUAAACAACGACAUGUGGAAAAUAUCAAAAAUAAACGAAAACUAUGAAAUCUGCGAUAGUUAUCCGGCGGUUUGGGCAGUGCCAUCACAGGCAACAGACGAAGAUCUCCGCGCCGUGGCGAGUUUCCGUAGUCGCGGGCGAAUACCUGUCCUCAGCUGGAUCCACCAAGGUUCACAAGCGACCAUAACACGUUGUUCACAACCGCUGGUCGGCGUAAGCGGUAAACGAUGCCGAGAAGACGAGCGUUACAUUCAGUUCAUCAUGGACGCCAACGCGCAGAGUCACAAAAUGUUCAUCAUGGACGCUCGGCCAAGCGCUAACGCAAUCGCUAACAAAGCGAAAGGUGGCGGAUACGAGUCAGAGGACGCGUAUCAAAAUGCCGAACUUGUUUUCUUGGACAUUCCGAAUAUUCACGUGAUGCGCGAAUCUUUGCGGAAACUUAAAGAUUUAUGUUUUCCGAAUAUUGAAGAGACUAGGUGGUGGUCAGGUAUUGAAUCUACGAACUGGAUUAAGCAUAUUAAGUGUAUUCUGGCCGGCGCUGUGCGAAUUGUUGACAAAGUUGAGAAUCACAAAACUUCCGUGCUUGUGCACUGCUCGGAUGGCUGGGAUAGAACAGCACAAUUGACUGCGCUAUCGAUGCUGAUGCUGGAUCCAUACUACCGGACGAUUAAAGGUUUUGAAAUUUUGAUUGAAAAGGAGUGGUUGGCGUUUGGACACAAAUAUCAGCAGAGAAUCGGGCACGGAGAUGAUCAUCAUUCGGAUGCAGAUCGAUCACCUGUAUUUUUGCAGUUCAUUGAUUGCGUAUGGCAGAUUACGCAGCAGUUUCCGAAUGCAUUCGAGUUUAAUGAGAAUUUCCUGAUCACUAUUCUGGAUCAGUUGUAUUCGUGUCGGUUUGGCACGUUUUUGUGUAACAGUGAACGGGAGAGAAUCAAUGAAAAAUUAAAAGAACAAACAAAAUCGUUAUGGUCAUUCACCAAUUCUCGUUUGGAUUAUUACAAGAACCCAUUGUAUUGGGCCAAUAUUCAUCAAGCGCAGAUUUUAUUGCCCGUCGCAAGUAUUCGUCACAUGCAGCUUUGGAAGUCUUAUUAUUGUCGAUGGAAUCCCAGCAUGAGGACACAGGAUCCAAUUUAUCAACGCACCAGGGAGCUUCUCAAAAUGAAAGAAGACUUGGAGCGAAUGGUGGAGGAACGACGACGGGAACAAAGUGCGCGAAUAAAUAGAAAUAACAUUUCUAUUUCGCCAACAUGAUUGUCAACUUGAGACAAUGUUCAGAUUAUGUUUAUUUUGUACGGAGGCAUUUUGGUGAAUUAAUCUAAUAGUAAAAUGAUCAUAUUUAUUUCAAAGCAUACUUUAAGAUUAAAACAAACCAAAAACAAAUAGCCUGGAGAUUUAAUUUAAUUAGGUUUAAGUAUUGUUAAAUGGAUCAAAGUGUAUUGUAAAAUGUAUGCAAUUGUGUAUUUUUUAAAAAGACCUGAAUAUGUAUUGAGUUUUGAUUUAUAGAAACGAGUUUAGCAGAA